UGACGAAGGCGGAAGUGCAGCUUCCGUAGACUUUGUCCGGGCUGACGGUGUCAGAAAAUACCUAGGAGGCGGAAACUGAGUUCCUGGUGUGCGGAGAUGCAGCAGUCAGUGAUCGUGCUUGUGGUGGGGCUCCUGGCGGUGCUUGGUUGCCGGGCGGUGGAGGUGAAGCGGCCCCGCGGGGUGUCGCUGUCCAAUCGCAGCUUCUAUGAUGAGACCAAACCCUUCACCUGCCUGGACGGGUCCAAGACCAUCGCCUUCGACCGAGUAAACGACGACUAUUGUGACUGCGCAGACGGAACAGAUGAGCCUGGCACUGCUGCAUGCUCCAAUGGAAAAUUCCACUGUACCAACGCUGGAUUCAAGCCUCAGUAUAUCCCAUCCUCACGGGUCAAUGAUGGCAUCUGUGACUGCUGCGACACCAUGGAUGAAUAUAACAGCGGAGCCCAUUGCCAGAACACUUGCAGAGAGAUGGGAAAGAAGGAGCGAGAGGAUCUGGAGAAGAAGGCGGAAAUGGCUCGGGAAGGCAUGCUGCUCAAGCAGAGGUUCAUCGAGGAGGCCCGAAAAGGCAGAGAGGAGAAGCAGGUGAAGCUGCAGUCGCUGGUAGAGAAGCGGGUGAGCGUGCAGACCCAGGUGGACGCCCUGCGUGCCCAGAAGGAAGCGGCUGAGAAACCAGAGAAGGAAGCCAAAGACUCCCACAAGCAAGAGUGGGAAGCGCGCAAGGAGGCGGAGAAUGCAGCUAUGGAGAAGAAACGCUCCCUGGAAUUAUUUACUGAGCUGGACCAGGAUUCAGAUGGAAUGGUUUCAGCACCUGAGCUGCUCUCUCACGCAGAGCUGGAUUCAGAUGGGGAUGGCACCUUGUCAGACAAAGAAGCCCAGGAUCUCCUCGGAGGGUCGUACUCUGUAGAUGUCUCCUCUUUCCAGGAGUCGGUGUGGCCACAGAUUAAAGAAAAGAUUAAGUCUGAGAGCGACUCUACUCCAUUGCCUCCAGUAGAAGAGGGGACAGAAACCCACCCAGAAAUCCCCCCUGAGGAAGAUGAAGAUGAUGACGGAGAAGAGGUGGAUGAUGAAGAUGAUGAUGCUGACUCGGAGGACAAUCACAGGGCUCCACCAAGCAAAUCCAAUGUAGAGGAGAUGGAGAUGCCACCAUAUGAUGAGGCCACCCAGUCUCUGAUAGACACUGCUCAAGCCGCACGUAAUCAAUUUGACGAAGCAGAAAAGUCCCUGCGAGAAAUCGAGGAUACAAUCAGGAGUUUGGAGAAAGAGAUUUCUCUGGAUUUUGGGACACAUGGAGAGUUUUCCUAUCUCUAUGGACAGUGCUAUGAACUCUCAACAAGCGAAUAUAUUUAUCGCUUGUGUCCAUUUAAUCGUGUGACACAGAAACCGAAGGUUGGGGGAUCAGAGACUAACCUGGGAACAUGGGGAUCCUGGGCAGGACCAGAAAAUGAUAAAUUCAGUGUAAUGAAAUUUGAACAAGGAACAGCCUGUUGGCAGGGACCAAACCGUUCUACACAGGUGAAGCUGUACUGUGGUAAAGAGACUGUAGUCACGUCUACUUCAGAGCCCAGUCGUUGCGAAUACCUCAUGGAGUUCUUCACUCCAGCCGCCUGUCAGCACCCGGUGGAAGUCCCACAGGAAGAACACGAUGAGCUGUGAGACCGGACAGUGACAGUGUUUGCAGAUAGCCGGACCCUGUGUGAGACCCUAGUGGAACCCUAAGAGCUGUGAAUAGAUGUGUCCCUGGCUCCUCACCACAGUGUCCUCCUCUUCAAACCUCAUUCCAGAUCCGUUCUGUCUUCUCCCCAUCUCUGCAGUAAAGGACACUGGCAACCAAAAGACACAUUCCAUCCACCGACCCCCUCCAUGGCUACUGACCCCGCACCAUCUUGGCUGUGUUUUUACUUGCUUGGGACAUAAAGGGGAUGUCCAGGAUCGAAAAAAAUGGCACCACUCCUGUCUAUGGGAUGUGCUUAGUAUUGCCGCUAGGCCCCAUUGAAGUGGAGGAGGCUGAACUGCAAUACCAAACACAGCAGAUGGACAAGAGUGGCGCUCCUUCUGUAAAAAAACAAAAAACGGACCCAUUCUUUCUAAUCCUUGAUAUUCCCUUUAAACAAUAGACUGUUCACAGUGGCUGCUCCUGUUAUUUCUUGUUUCCAUGCUGGUGGAAGGAUUGUUCUGUGCUCAAAAAUAAAAGUUGGUUUAUAUAUAAAA